UUUCAAACUCCGGUUUCAGGUCCAUGUCGUGAACUGGCGUUCCCAAGUUUCCUUUUUUUUGCUAACAAGCGCUUGCUGAACCACACAAUAAGAGUUUUACAAGUUCAAGAUCUAGAUGAGUGCGAGUUACGAUGUUACCACGAAUACAAUUGUGUCAGUAUUAAUUUUAAAUUCAAAAUGCUUACAAGAGGAAAAUACAGCUGUGAAUUGAACAAUUCAACACAUGGCGAGCAUGAACGAGACCUUGUACCUGAUCAAGAUCACUUUUAUCGUGGAACCAAAGUAAGAUGACAAAAACUUUCGUUAUAAUCAGUUAUUUCUUGCACACGUUUCAAAUGUACUGUGUUUUAUUUCCAUGCAGUUGUUAGAAACGGUGAAGAACCAGAAACGUAAAUACUUGUGUUAUUGGCUUAUAUCGUCCUUGUUGUUUUGUACCGGUGGUAUAGACGGGACAUAUCUCUUGGAAAAUUAAAAUAGCGGGAGUGACCAAAAACGUGACUUCGGGUAAACAAAACUAAACAUCAACAAGGCCCAGUAAAGCCGGUUGUUACAGAAGGAAAUCAGGCACACAUUAAAAUAACUUGAGAAAUCCCUACUGACAAAACAAAUUUAGUGGCCAACUGAAAAUUCUAGGGAGACAAUGCCGCCUCCCUUGCAAGAUUUAAAAUCACAUCAAGCUUGCUAUACUGAUUAAGCCGAAGGGUAUUACAAAAAUUGCAUUUAUAUUUAUUGUUUGACUAUGAUUUUAAAACAUCUCCGAAACAUAGUGCCUUUCGCUGCGAAAGAGCAUUCAAACUUUUUUCUUUCAGAAUGCAUGCUCCAACUCUCCUUGUCAAAAUAACGGAACGUGUCAAUCAGGCUUCACCAAGAAAGGAUAUCGAUGUUUGUGUCCUGAUGGUUGGACAGGUGGAACAUGUAACAUGGGUAAGGCUCAA